AUGAACAAAAAAUCCAAGGAGUCUUUUAUGCGGUGGCGCGAGACUGAAUCCAAAGCAAAAGGCAAUCUUUUUGACUUUCGCAAAGAAGUUGAGGAUUAUUGCCGGAUGGAUGUGACAAUUUCGCGCAAGUGUUGUCAACAGUUUCGCUACCUUUUCCGAAAGAUCAGUAACGGUCUUUGUCCUUUUGUGGCAGCAAUAACCAUUGCUGGCGUUUGCAUUCAGUAUUGGAAAUCGUUUAUUCUCAAACCUGAUCAAAUAAAACUACUUCCCCAUCGCAUCCAUGCAAGAAAUCGCAAUCAGUCAGAAGUUGCAAAGAAAUGGUUGGCCUGGAUGGUGCGUGAAGAGGAGUGCGUCAUUGAGUCUGUGCUAACCGGUGCCAAACAUCAGAUUGGACCGUACUUUGUUGAUGGGUUUCGCGAAGACAUCAACCAUGCGUACGAGUUUCACGGUUGCUUUUACCAUGGAUGCCCGCAGUGUGAAGCUCCCGACACGAUACACCCUCUUCGUAGUAUACCCAUGUCCGAAAUAUAUAACGAAACCAUGGAGCGCGAAAAGUACAUUCGCAGUCAGGGAUACGGCCUAACUGCGAUUUGGGAACACGAAUUCAACGACCAAGUCAAGUCCGAUCCUGAACUAACAGCAUUUGUGAAUGGGUUUUUGAUUGUUACACCGCUAAGUCCUCGCGAUGCGUUCUACGGUGGCCGGACCAAUGCCGUAAAGCUACUGCAUGAAGUCAGUGGAGACGAAAAAAUAUGCUACUACGAUGUCAACAGCGAAUACCCGUACAUCAACAAAAACGAACGGUAUCCUAUCGGUCAUCCUAAAAUUAUUACCAAAGAUUUUCAAGAUAUUCGCAGUUAUUUUGGUGUUGUCCUGUGUCAAAUUCUUUCACCAAGAGAUUUAAAACUUCCCGUACUACCGUACCGCUCUGGUAGAAAAAUAACGUUUCCGCUGUGUCGCACUUGUGUUGACAAGUAUCGAAAUUCCAAAUGCGAACAUAAAGAUGCCGAACGUGUUCUAACUGGAACAUGGUGCACCCCUGAAAUUAAUGAAGCUUUGGACCGGGGCUACAUCGUUACAAGAAUUUAUGAAGUUUGGCACUUUGAAGAGUACUAA